AUGCCUCCUAAUAGAACACACGCUACCAAACGCGCAUGCGAUGGGUGCAAGAUUCGUAAGAUCCGGUGCGGCGGCGGUCAUCCGUGUCCGGCCUGUACCCACGCGCGCAUCAAAUGCACCUAUAUCCGCGUGCAACAGCCGCGAGGACCACAGAAAUUACGAGCGACCACAAAGUACCUGAUUGACCAGGCCCAGCAAGGCACAGAUGCACAAGGAGGACCACCAGAGCCGGCGGGAGAUGCCGCCGUCAGGAAUGCCGCAGACUCCUCUGAGGGAUCGCGCAUCCCCAUCAACAUCCUCGCUUCGCCCCUGUACAUCUACCAUGUGCGCAUGUACCCCGUCUGGCCCAUCGUCGAUGUCGAAUCCGUCAUUGCCCGACUACGCCAACACCCCGAUAGCGAAGAGACGACAGAGACAUACGCGCUGGCCACGGCCGUGGCAGCGGCGACGAUUGCCCAACUGCGCCUGGGACAUAACGCCGACUCGGAGAAAUCCAUCACGGCGGAUGCCUUCGCGGCGGAGUGUCUCCGCGCGCGCAGCUCGUCGGGCUAUCGGGCGCGAGUAAACCUCAACACCGUGCGGACGUCCUUCUUCCUGCACGUCUACUACGAAAACCAGCACUCCGGCGGCAGCGAGUCCCUGCUGUACCUCCGGGAAGCGAUCUCCCUCGCGCAGAUGAUGCACCUCCACCGCGAGAGUGCGUACCGCGGCCUGCCCGCAGACGAGCAGCAGAUUCGACGGCGCGUGCUGUGGCUGCUCUUUGUGACGGAACGUGGCGUCUGCAUCCUGCACAAACUCCCGGUCGUCCUCAAAACCAACAUUUCCACCCCCGAACUCGACGUCAACGACGAACCACAGGUCCUCCCCGCCUUCCUCAAGCUCCUCGCCCUCUUCCGCCUCUUCGAGCAGUCCGACAUGUUCAGCAUCAUCGAAGAUGACGAGCCCGGCAUGCAGACCCAGACCCUCCCCGCGAAAGCCCAGCACCUCGACCGCCGCUUCUUCGACCUCCUCCAGGACAACCAGCAGGACGGAUCCACGCUGCUGGACCACAUCUCCGACGUGCAGAAGGCCGAUCUGUGCGUCACCCGGCACUGGAUGCGGAUGAUCCUGUGGCGCGUCUCCGCAAGGACGGUCGGCUCGCCGUAUCCGUCGUCGUCGUGGUGGCCGACCUCGCCGGCUUUUCCGGUCAGCGUCGCGAGGGAUCUGCUGAAUAUUGUGUCGCAGCUGCCGCGCACGGCGAUCGAGGCGCAUGGCCUUGGAAUGGUGCGGAACUAA